GCUCGACACCGGGUCCGACCACUAUACCCUUUUUGUAGCGGUUGUACAAUUAUCAAUAUCAAUAGAAUGAAUACGUGAAAAUUCGAGACACAGUCAGAGGCGCAGGCUCAGAAGCGCAGGCUCAGAAGCAAACAAAGGACAUCUCUACACCUCGUGUGGGUUUCGAGACUCUUGACACUCAGAUCGAUCUAUCACUACUUCCUUCUCUGUGGCUCUCGCUGAGAGAGAGAGAGAGAGAGAGAGAGAGAGAGGCCAUCUAACUGUUAAGUGAGAAAUGGGAGAGGCCCGAGGUGGGUGUUGCCCGCCGAUGUAUCUGUUCAGGUCGGAGCCGAUGCAGCUGGUCCAGCUCAUCGUCCCCAUUGAGUCCGCUCACCUCACCGCUUCCUACCUCGGCGACGUUGGUCUCCUCCAAUUCAAAGACCUGAAUGUGGAGAAGAGUCCAUUUCAGCGGACUUAUGCUGCUCAGAUUAAAAAAUGUGGGGAGAUGGCACGUAAAUUACGCUUUUUCAAGGAACAAAUGCUGAAGGCAGGCUUUUGCUCAAAAAAGUCUACAGCACAAGUUGAUAUCAAUUUGGAUGAUUUAGAGGUAAAACUAGGUGAACUUGAGGCAGAGCUGGUGGAAAUAAAUGCAAAUGGUGAGAAGUUGCAACGCGCUUAUAAUGAACUAGUGGAAUAUAAGCUUGUUUUGGAGAAGGCUGGCGAGUUUUUUCACACAGCUCUCAGCAGUGCCACAGAACAACAAAGGGAGUAUGAAUCCAGCCGGACUCAUGAAGAAUCCUUGGAUACACCUUUAUUAUUGGAUCAAGAAAUGUCAACUGACUCAUCCAAGCAAGUUAAGUUGGGCUUCAUCACAGGCCUUGUUCCUCAGGAAAAGUCUAUGGCAUUUGAGAGGAUUAUUUUUCGUGCUACCAGGGGUAAUGUGUUUAUAAGGCAAGUUGUAGUUGAGGACCCUGUGACAGAUCCAGUCACUGGAGAGAAGAUUGAGAAGAAUGUAUUUGUGGUUUUCUACUCCGGAGAAAGAGCAAAGAACAAGAUUCUUAAAAUAUGUGAAGCUUUUGGAGCAAAUCGUUAUCCUUUUGGCGAGGACUUGGGUAAACAAGCUCAAAUGAUCACCGAGGUUUCAGGAAGACUCUCAGAGCUGAAGGCUACUAUAGAUAUUGGGCUGCUGCAACGAAACAAUUUGUUGCAGACAAUUGGAGAUCAUUUUGAGCAGUGGGACACCUUGGCGAGAAAGGAAAAAUCUAUAUAUCACACCCUGAAUAUGCUUAGUCUUGAUGUGACAAAGAAGUGUCUUGUUGGUGAGGGUUGGAGUCCUGUUUUUGCAACAAAACAGAUCCAGGAUGCAUUGCAGAGGGCAGCGUUUGACUCUAACUCCCAAGUUGGAGCAAUUUUCCAGGUUUUGCAAACAAAGGAGUUACCGCCUACCUAUUUUCGGACAAACAAGUUUACUUCUCCUUUCCAAGAAAUUGUUGAUGCAUACGGGGUGGCUAAAUAUCAAGAAGCAAACCCUACUGUAUACACUAUCGUAACAUUUCCAUUUCUUUUUGCUGUCAUGUUUGGUGAUUGGGGGCAUGGACUAUGCUUGUUAUUUGCAACAUUAUUUCUAAUAGCGAGGGAGAGGAGAUAUUCUAGUCAGAAGCUUGGAGACAUUAUGGAAAUGAUGUUCAGUGGUCGUUACUGUAUUUUGAUGAUGGCACUCUUCUCAAUCUACACAGGCUUGAUCUAUAACGAAUUCUUCUCUGUCCCAUUUAAGCUUUUUGGCCCUUCGGCCUAUGCUUGCCGUGACCUUUCCUGCAUAGAUGCCACAACAGUGGGCUUGAUUAAGGUGCUCCCCACUUACCCAUUGGGUGUAGAUCCUGCAUGGCACGGUAGCCGUAGUGAGCUACCAUUCCUGAACUCUUUGAAGAUGAAGAUGUCAAUCCUUCUUGGGGUAGCUCAGAUGAACCUGGGAAUCAUAUUAAGCUAUUGUAAUGCCAAAUUCUUUCGGAAUAGACUGAAUGUCUGGUUCCAAUUCGUUCCCCAGAUGAUUUUUUUAAACAGUUUGUUUGGCUACCUGUCCAUUCUCAUCCUUGCAAAGUGGUGCACUGGUUCACAAGCUGAUCUAUACCACAUAAUGAUAUACAUGUUCCUCAGUCCCACCGAUGAUCUGGGUGAAAACCAGCUUUUUGCUGGCCAGAAGACAGUGCAGCUUGUAUUACUAUUACUGGCCCUUGUUGCUGUACCCUGGAUGCUACUCCCAAAGCCUUUUCUUUUGAAGAAGCAACACCAAGAUCGGCUCCGAGGCCACUCAUACACACUGCUCCAGGACACAGAGGAUGACACCUUUCAGUUGGGGUCAAACCAUGACUCACAUGGUCAUGAGGAGUUUGAGUUUGGUGAAGUUUUUGUACACCAACUCAUACAUACUAUAGAAUUUGUGCUUGGAUCAGUUUCGAAUACAGCUUCUUACCUUCGUCUAUGGGCCCUGAGCGACAUGCCAUCUCAUCUUCCACAUCAUGGUGAUCCACCGGGCUAAAGUUGUUUCAAAAGAAAUGGGAACCUUUUGAGAGGUCAUACUUAUUGACAUAUCAAGCCAUGAAACUUUUUUUAUUGAUCUAUUGGAGUCAAGUUUGGCUUCUUCCCUUGUAUAGGAUGACAUAUUGGGAGCCUGUACCAAAAACCAAAACUAGCCUGACCUCACUUAGACGGAGAUCUUCUGCCUCAUGAAUAUUUGGUCAUGUCCCACAAAGCUAGGUUGCUACCUUCCCAUUGCAUCCUUACUUGUGUGUUGUCAAUCGUGAAUGAAGGGGAUCUUGAUGUUCCAUUGACACAAAUGGGGAUCCAAUAUGGAGGUGAGACAGACCUGUCAAGGCAGAGCUAUUUGUUUAAACAACCAUGUGAACCACCUUCAGGCCAUUUUGAAGGAAUAUGUUGGUCAAAUUUGACAGGAAUUCUUGGUCAAGUAUAGUUUGAAGAAAUAGAACAUCGUACCUUGGACUACGCAUGUGACUAAUUUUACACAAAGUUUUUGCACAGGGACAUGUAAAUAAAACAAUUGUUAAAUGAUGAGGCACAAUGUGCAUAUCCUGGACUGUGCCAUAUCUCCUUGAAUCUCGAAGAGUGCAUCACAACUCUGAAGAGGGCCUGGCCUACCUUCCUCUCAUUCUCAAAUUAUCGUUGGCCUAAAAAGGGGGCCUGCCUGGAUAGCUUUUUCCAUAGAUCUAUGUGGUAGUGGUCAAGUUUAUACUUAGAAGGUUUUAAACCAGGUCUAAAUAAAUUCACAAUUAAAACAAUGUGAUAAUUGCAUGAAUUUUAAAUUCAUAGGCUGGUUUUGCCCAUCCAGUUCGAUUUAUAAACUCUACAAACAAAUAGAACUUUUGCUGUGCUAUAUGUGUUCUUCACAUAUGCUCGCAGAUGUGAUUCGUAGUAGCCAAUUUAUUAUAUUUGCACUUGUAUAU